AUGAACAAGGACAGGAUGGAUAAGGUGGACGAUGUUAUGGAUCAGGAUUCCCAGUCCCAGUCCCAGUCCCAGUCCCAGUCCCACCCCCAAACCCCAACCACAACCACAGCCAAAAACCGCCUAACCCGCACCUACACCGAACGCUCGCCCAGCCCGAGCCCCAGCCCCAACCGCACGCGUCCCGACUCCUCCACAAACAAAAAGCCCCGGCUCCCAUCCCCCUGGACCCAAGCAGGCGAUCGUCUCGAAGCAGCCCUGGACCGCGAGAUUCGCGCGUACGAGCAGGUCAUCCGCUCCCACGAGGCCGAAGUGGGCGCGCACCAGGCCUUCGUGGAGAAGAGUCGGCGCAUGUUUGCGGACGCGGUUGAGGUGGGGAGUAUGACUAUGGGAGGUGGUGAUAGUGAGAAUGUGGAGGUGGAGAUGAAGGUGGAUGUUGAUAUUGAUGGGGAUGUUGAUAUGGAUGUCGAUGUCGAUGUCGAUGUGGAUCAUGAUGGGGAUGUGGAUGGGGAUGACAGUGUGGAUGGGGGCGUGUCUCUGGGAAAUAAGAAGAAAGACGAGAACAAGGAGGAGAAGGAAAAAGAGAAGAAGCUGGAAGAGAUGGAGAUGAAGAAACGCGGUUCGGGUCUCACUUUCGACAAGAUGCAACCGUCAAUGGGACCGGUCCCGGGACGGGGAAUGGACACCUAUCUGUAUCCUGGGGGGAUGAAGAGCACUGCUGCCGGUGCCAAUACCGGAAAGCUCACAGGCACAAUUGAAAAAGGCUGUCUCACCAGCUCUGUCCCCGGAGGUGUGAUCCACGGACGACAACGCUUCGGAUUCAACAUCUACGAGGAUAGCGAAUUGCCUAAUCUGAACCCGGACCAGAACCAAGACCAGACAGCGACCCAUACAGAGACUCCCCUGCAGGGACAGCAAGGCAGCGCAGGCGCAGCCGUGGACUAUCGCGAGGUACAAGCCGAACGAGACUGGGAUGAGGAUAAAGAGAACAUGCACGUGGAUGCCGAGGGACAGCUGUUUCUCCUGCAACAGAUGCAGCAACACCAACUGCAACAGGACGCGAGAAUGGGAAAUCAGGUCCAGAUCCAGAAUCCCUCUACCACAACCACCGGCACUCGCACCCGCACGGGCACUGGCACUGGCACUAAUACUACUACUAAUACUAAUACUAACACCACCACCACCCCCCAAACCAACCAAUUCUCAGACCCCGACGACGAGAUGACCCUCGACACCGCAGUCGAUACCCACCACCAUCACCACCACCACCACCACCACAAUAAUACCCGCACCUGGACCCCCACCGACCCAUCGCACUUCAUCGACGAAGACGCCGACACCGAGAUCGACCCCGACGAAGCCGAAUUCGGCGACCAUCUGCGUCGAAGACGGUACCACCAUGCCCGUCGGCAGCGGCGCGCACAGAACACGUCGAUUCAUACUUCUGCAUCAUCUUCGGUGCUUGCUCGUUUUGGUUCUGGUUCCGGAUCUGCGUCUGGCUCUGGCUCUGGGUCUGGAUCUCGGGCGAUGGAGGGCGUGGAGAUGGCCUCGAGAGGGGCGAUUGGCGGCGGGUUGAGCGCGACGGAGGUUUCGUUGAGUGCCUUGUCGUCCGCGAGGAGGUACGACUACGUGGAUGAAGACAAUGAAGAAGAUCGAAAAUCCAAAGCUCAUAAUGCAGUAAAUUCCAUAACGGAUGAAGCAUGCUGGCGAUUAUUUGCCAUCCCGGUCCUCGCGAAUCCUCCCAAUAUUCCAUCCCGUGUCACUCACUCCAGUGUUGUCUUCGACAUUCCAUAG